AUGCUGCUGGAGUUGAUGAUGAACGGACACGCACUGUUGUAUACGGGGGUCACUCUGGCCUUCUGGAGUACCAUCCUAAUCGUCGGUAUCUGCUAUACAAUAUUUGACCUGGGAUUCAGAUUUGACGUAGCAUGGUUCCUGACAGAGACUUCCCCUUACAUGUGGGCAAACUUAGGCAUUGGUCUUGCUAUAUCCCUGUCUGUGGUGGGAGCUGCCUGGGGCAUUUACAUCACAGGCUCUAGCAUCAUUGGUGGAGGUGUCAAAGCACCGAGAAUCAAAACUAAAAAUUUAGUCAGCAUCAUCUUCUGUGAAGCUGUAGCAAUUUAUGGAAUUAUUAUGGCUAUUGUCAUCAGCAACAUGGCUGAGCGCUUCAGUGGAACAACUCCAGACACCAUUGGGUCAAAGAACUACCAAGCCGGGUACUCCAUGUUUGGUGCUGGCCUGACCGUGGGCUUCUCAAACCUCUUCUGUGGGAUCUGUGUGGGGAUUGUGGGCAGUGGAGCCGCUUUAGCAGACGCACAAAACGGCAGUCUAUUUGUCAAAAUCCUCAUUGUGGAAAUCUUUGGCAGUGCUAUCGGCCUGUUUGGGGUGAUCGUAGCCAUUCUGCAGACAUCAAAAGUAAAGAUGGGAGACUAA